CAUAGAGCACGCGUCACGACGUUCGAGGCUCCGUGAAUUUUUAAUAUCGAUGUUUAAUCUAGCUUUUCCUACUCAAACCUCCCUUUGAACCACUCGAUAUUGACAAUAGAAUAAUGUUUAUUAGUUCUAAGUGAUUUUAAUGGAAGAAUAGAUUGUGUUUGUGAGUUUGAACUAAUUCUUGAUAAGUUUUCGAAGUGUACUCGAGUGGAGAUAGUUGGGCUGGCGUCCUGAAAUUUAUUCAUUGGACAGAAGCGGCAUGGCAUGAGCGGCCGCGUGGGCGCGACAUGCGGCGAGCGCCGCUCGCGCACACCGCCGCCGUCGCUCUUGUGUUCUCUUUCCUUCUUCGAUACGCAAACGCUGGUUCGAUGGGCCCAGGGGUGCCUGAGAAUAUAACUGUGACCUUUCUGAACCCUACGACGGUGCGAGUGUCUUGGUCCACUACAGCAGAGUUGGUGGAAAAGUAUGACGUCACUUACAAGCCCUCUGACGCUAGUUACAGAGUGGUGCUUGAAGUGGCUGGUAACUCGGAUGCAGUAAUCCUAAGUGGGCUGGAGGCAGACACCCAGUAUCAAGUGACGGUCGCCGCGCUCUGGGGAGGCCAUAAGUAUAGAAGCCGGCCUAUUGUUUUCCGCACGCUGGAGCCCCCGCGUACGUCGCCUCAGCAGGACGGGGGGCUCGAGCUACCCCGCUCCUCCGUGUCUCCACCCGAACCAUCGCCCACAUUCCCUACGAUCAGAGGCGUGGAGAUCGGGUUAGUAGUAUUAGUGCUAAUCAUAUGGAUUGGCGCUAUUACACUUUUCUUCAAUCGCUGGGGAAAAAUACGAAUGCUACUCCCGUACCAGCCAGACUACAAACAAGAACAGUUGAAGGUACCAGGAAGCAGUGCUUUGGCUGCGGCUACUGCAGGCGGCACGUGUGGAGCUCAUUCGGCUACAUCUGCCUGUUCGGAGCUUAGGAAUCAUACAGAUCACAUGCGGUGGUCACACACGCACACACAAAGCCUGGAGUGUGAAGAGCGUCUGUUGGCGCGCUGCAACCGGCCACGUGUGAAUUCCGCCAUCUUCUUUUCCGCGGAACCAUCCGGCUUUGGCGCCUUUGAUCCCGGCGAGUUUCUGCGCCGACACGGCUCGCAAUCGAAGCUGUGUAGGAAAGCAAGAUCUGCCGACAAUAUACCUCUUACAAGUAUGAGUGAUUCAUCAGAAAGACUGUGCAAAGCGAAAGCACCUAGAGAAGAAACGAUAAGCGAAGAAGGAAAGUCGGACGACAGCGGUAGUGUUGAAACCGUAAAGCAUUUUGGCCUACCUAUUCUGUCAGUGUCAGGCCCGUCCCCUCCAGAUGAAGACUACGAUCAGAUAGAUGAGUAUCUGUAGCAUUUCCAAACAAACUUCCAGCUUAAAUAUGUGCUGGAGAAAAUGAGGCCGACAUGGCCUAGUCCCGCACAAAGCCCUAUUCCGUUUGAAUAGGACAUCGUCAUGGCACUGAACGACGGCUAUAUAAGACUAUGCAGUGGUUUCUUAUUAAUAUUUGAACGGUGUUCUAGAACAUUUUGUUUGCAAAAUGAACUUUCGCUUGUGGACUAAAAUGUGUGUCUUGCUACGGGACCAUAGUUAAGCAGUGUGUUUUUUCAAGUAUCUGUAACUUUUAUUACUCUACAUACAAUUUAGAUUAUAAGAAUGGAUAAUCAAAGUUUUAAAUUCACUUUAUUAGGAUGUAAGAAGUGCACAAUAAAUUCAUUUAAUAAAUAUUUCACAGUGCCACUAAUAAAUAUCGUCAUUCUUGUAAAAUUAAAACAUAAUUUUAUUACUUAAUGUGUAUAAUUUGAAUUUGCUGUGUAGGGUUUUUUACCAAUUUAGAAAUAUUAUAUGCAUUUAAUUUGAUUACUUAGACAUUAGAUAAGAUAUUUUAUAUGCUGUAAUCCAAGAUUAUAUCACUCGUCUUUAAGAAUUUAUCUGUCUAUCAAUAUAAAGUCAUAUACCUUAGUAGAAUAGGAUUGAUGAUUUGAAGGUUGAACUUUGGUCCAAUGUAUUAUGUAUUAUCUGCACACAAGGUGUUUUAGAUCGUAAGGUUUACAGGCGUUAGGAAAUAACCAUCGAAAUAUCCUUUUUUCUAGCGAGAAGCAUAAGUAAAUAUCCAUUUGGAAUAAAUUAUUAUAAAGUCAAUUAAAGUCUUGUAGUAUACUUCUCUGAAGGUGAGACUAUGGCUCUAACAAUACUGUAUGUAUAAUUUUAAGUAGCAUAAUUAUAAAUAUUUCAAAUCAAUGAAUCGGUACUGGUGUUUAGGGACCAGAUGGAUGGGUAGGAAAGGUAACGUUUAACCAAAAUGGAACGAAAUUUACCUGAUAAUAUAUUAAACAAUAGGUACCACUUUUUAAAUUUAAGACUUAUUAUUCCCUCCACUAUUUUUAGACAACGCGAAUUUAGUAAUUCGUGUACUUGCACAUUUAUACUUCAGUCAUACUUCCUUUGUUUCGAUCACUUCAAUUUAGAAGUUGUGUUGAGACGUCUUUUUUAUUUACUGGACUUUUAUUAUCUGGUACUAUUUAAUAUUCUAGAUUUCUUUUUAUCUUGAAUUCAUAAAAUUAAUUGAAUAUCUCGUAUUAUUGGAGAAUCGUGUGAAUAGUUCGGUCUAAUGGCAUUUUUAGUGUGGCUAUUAUAUUUAUCUAUAAAUAUAUAUAGUUUGUAUAUGUCUGUAGUAAACUUAGCAAUAGAUAUUAUGUUUUGUUUAAAGCUCUAACUAUAAUAUUUUUUACUUUUAGAUCAUAGUUUGGUUUAUAUUGGCGUAAUGUGUAUAAAGUGUGUCUUAUGUAGGCUACAAAUUGGAAACCUAAAUUGUAAUAAACUCUAUUGUAACAAUAUAUUAAUGUAUCGUUUAUUUAAUCAAUUAAUAUACAACUAGAUUUCUCGAUGUAUAGUAGAUGUUAUCUUGUGCCAAUCUUAACAUUACUAUCUCCGUGUCAUAAAUGUGAGGGUUUCUAAUAUUUGACUGGAUUGGUAUAAUGUAAGUACUUACCUUAAUUUUGGUACUUACUAAAGAUCUUUGAGGAUGUCUGUUAUAAUUAACAACUCCAUACAUUUAUUUUAGGUUAAGAAAAGAGUGUACGUAGCUUUUACAACAUAGAUUGUGCGUUUAUUUCGUAUCUAUAGGUAUCUAGUGUACAUAUCUACACUUAUGCUCAUAGCUAUUGUAAAAUACCUAAUUCGAAAUUAAUUGUAAUAUUAUUAUUUACAUACGACGUCUAUUUACUAUCACGAUGAAAUAAAAUAUUCGAAAAUUA